AUGAAAGAUGUAAAUCUUGAUUUGGAUGUUCCAAAUGGAAUAGAUGUAAAAUAGAUGGUGUUUAACUCACCUAUUGUCAGAUUGGUAGGAAGAACAACGUAGAGGAAAAAAUCAAGAUACUAAAAUUGUAAUUCUAUCAAAAGUUAAGGGUAGUAUGUGCAAUUUCCCUCAGAAUAUGCAUACAAACUUACAAAGUGCCACGGACGCCGGAGCGGGCCGAAAGACCGAUAGGGGAACGACGUCGAAUCGAACAAAUGUGUGCUGCGCCCAUAAACUCGUUCAACUCAGUAUCGCACACUAACAAGCAACUUCUUCAGUCUCCUCAAUAAUCCCUUGCAUCCGCUUCGAAUCUUGAUCCCUUUGGAGUUUGGAGGUAUAAGAUCACUUAAAAAGAGUAGCGUAUCGCAUAAACCCUUGAUUCUCCUGUCAUCAUCGGAGGGUUUCGCACGACAGAUUUACAGCGGCCUCAUUUUUCGAAUUUCUGAACUACAUUGGGAUCAGACAUAAGAAUUAACCAUCAGCCAAAAUGCAAUUUUUCGGCGGAUCGGAGAUCAGUCCAUCUCCUCCGGUGCCAACGUCAUCCGGCAACAAUGCCCACAUGCUGUAUAUAUUCAACAGGAAUGGAGUCUGUCUUCUGUAUAGGGAAUGGAAUCGUCCCCUAAAGACUCUCAGUCCUCAGCAGGACCACAAGCUCAUGUUCGGUCUUCUCUUCUCUCUUAAAUCCCUGACCACCAAAAUGGAUCCAACUAGUGUUGAUAAAGGAAAUCUUGGAGUGCCACAGUUACCAGGUCAAGGGUGUUCAUUUCACAGCUUUCGGACCAAUACGUACAAGCUUAGUUUCAUGGAGAGUCCAUCUGGGAUAAAGAUCAUCCUUGUGACUCAUCCAAGGACUGGUGAUUUGAGGGAAUCCCUGAAGUACAUAUACAACUUAUAUGUGGAGUAUGUUGUCAAAAAUCCUCUAUACUCUCCUGGAACGGCAAUUAGAUGCGAUUUGUUCAAUACUACUCUGGAUCAGUAUGUUAGAGGCUUGGGUUGACAUUAAAGAGGGCGAUGUAGCCUUGGAUGGUACUUAGAAAAGGCAAUGUCAGCUGUUCUCGAUUCUUUCUACGUCUAGAGUACCUGUGUCCUUCACAAAAACUUGUAUACUUUGUCCCUUAAUCGUACUCCACAGUGUAUUGCUUUACUGGCAGAUUUGUUGCUGUUCAUUGAUCGGUAAAGUUCCUAUGUUUCGCCAUGGUUAGGUCAAACACAUCUUGGACAACCCUUUGUUACGUGGUUCAAGUACAUGCACUUUUGCAUUAAGUGUAUAACACUUCAAAUUUUGGGUAAUGGUUAGUGAUUCGUAACAGCAGCUGAGAGUGAGAAAUUAAUGGUGAGUUAAUAAUGUUGGAGGGAUUGAAGUUAUUGUGGGGAUUUUCUGUUUGUUUGAGAGUUAAUACACAGGUUUGAAGAUCGGUGGCUGUGAUCACUGAGCAGUUGCUUGUUAUCGCAGGACCUGGCUUCUUUUUUUUUUUCCUUUAUUAUUGUGUCCUUACUUCUACUCAUAUCUGGAAAUGGUGUAAAAGGAAAGUGUAAGACUUUCAAAAUAGGUCCAUAUUACUUGGCCCAUAACUCAUCAGUAAAUGGUCUCAUCAUGUAUGGGAAAAGAAGUAGCACUAAUAACCAUAUAUAAAACACAUAACUACUUAAGAAAAAGGAGUACAUAUUGGCUAUUGCCGCAAUGUAAAAUUUUCUGAACAAAUUUUCGCAUGUAAAAGGUUCAGGAAAUUUUGAAGGGAUUGUUACAGGAUCAUGAUGUAAUAUUUCUUUUUUGUUUUUUAAUUCUCAAAAGCAUCAUUGUAUAAAAAAAAAAUUCUCAACACAUGGUAACAACCACCAGGUUGUCUCACCAAAGAUCCAACUAGCACUCUGUUUAAGUAUAUUCAAUUGUUAUGAAAAUGAUUUAGUACAAUUCAACUCAGAGUAGCCCUAGGUUUUGUCUCCUCUCUGAACCAGCCAACACUUUUUCUGAAAACCAUAUUAUUGAAUUAGCACAAUUAUGUAAUAGUUUAGUACUGUGAACAAUUCUUUAGAUGAGAUCGAUGAUGUAAUGUAACAUUGAAAAUGUAAUGCUAAAUGGUUAAUAAUGGUUAGACUCGUUCCCAUUGCUUAAUUUAACUUUUAGUAACCCUCU